CUGCAGGCUCACUCUCCCUGUUGGGUCACUUCUACUGCCUCCUUUCCUAGGUGCUCACCUUAAACCACUCCAUCACAUGCAACCCAAAGUGAUAAUUGUUUUGAAAACGAAUCGUUCAGGGGACAGAGCACGGCAAAGGAAGAGGGCAGAGGAGGUUCUGAGGCACGCGUCGGCCGUCUUCCCGCCAUCUUGGGGUCUUACGACUCAUUUCAGCAGAAUGAGGUUCUACCAGCUGCCUAGCAGAUUCUCAGCCUUAGCUAUUAUGAACUGAUGGUCUGGCAAUGCUUCUUGCGUCUCUGUCAUUCCCUCAGCCCCCCCACCCCCAUCCCACCCCACUGUAAAUCUUCUCGUCUACUGCAGGCACAGGCUUUCCCUGGACUUCAAAAAACAGCCAACCCUUGUAAGAGUUGCCUGUACCCGGCAACACGCAUCUGUCAACCAGUUUGUCUGCGAGAGGGAGGGGCCCCACAGCCACAGCUCUGGCCCAGAUGAGCCCACCCGUACCAGAUGAGCCGAGGCUGGCUUGAACUAUGUCCUGCUGUCUCCUUGCCCUUCUCCUGGGCACUUUCUUAGGUGUCAGCGCUCAGACCAUCCACCAAUGGCCACCUGUCAGGGUGCAGCUUGUGGGCAGCCCGCUCUCCCUGGAGUGCAUCGUGAAGGGGGAAUCAAACCCUUAUCUAUAUUGGUACCGGCAGGCCGAGGGAGGGCCCCCCCAGCUGCUCUUCUACUCCCUAAAUAUUCACCAGGUAGACCCUGAGGCACCACGGAACUUCACAGCCUCCAGGCCCCAGGACGGCCAGUUCAUCUUGAGUUCUCAGAAGCUCCUCCUCAGUGACUCUGGCUUCUACCUCUGCGCCUGGGGUCUCACACCGAGCCGGGUGAGCCGAGGAGAUGGAGGCGCAGGAAGCGACAUGAGCUGUCCAGGGCCGCGCGGCUGUGGACGGAGGGGGACCAGAAGCGAAUGCUCUGUGUCAGAGCAGCUCCUGGAUCUCAGACGAAGCUCAGAGGAACGUGGGCUCCAUACUGAGCUGUGAUCUCGCUAUGAACGUCAUGAGCCACUUGUGUAAGGACGAGAAAGGCGCAACGGUCAGACCUGAGUGGCAGUUGGAGGGAGGGGUGAAUACGAUGACCACAGCUUUAGACUCCUCAGAAACUAGACAGGUUGGAGAGAUGAGCUGACCAACUGCGAUAAAAUGAAACAAGUCUUCCUGUUUCCCCUCCUCCGCCUGCCCCCCUGCCCCAGAAAGAGAAGAGCAAAGGUCUGCACACAGGAAAGCAGCAUAUGGCUCCUUUGCAAGACCUGUGAGAAAGACCCAGGGUCUGAGUCAAAAGUGAGCUCUGCGAGCGGGGACAGGAUGUUGAACAUUGCUCUAACGGACCCAGUGUGGACGGCAUCGAAACUGAGGAGGCAGAGCUCGCUCUCUCCCCUAUGUAGGUCAGAGCCCACCUGGUGCUGCCUUCCGGGCCGAGCACCACGCUUUUAGAAAAGUGGGAGGGUAAAAACAAACAUAAAUGUUUUCAGAAGAGGGUGGCUGGGCUGGGGAGAGUCGGAAGUGCUCCAAACUGGGCCACCUGAGGAAAACAUCCUGUGCGUUGCAUAGCGUGUGCGUUAAUAAGAUGAAGCCACCUUAUGAAGUCAGGGUUGUGAUUCAGCCCAUUUUAUAGGAAGGGAAGCUGAGUGUCCAACGUGAUCGUAUAGCUGAUAAGAGCAGAGCUGAGGCUGGAACCUCGGUGUCUUUGGCUUAAAAGUCUAUAUUCUUUGUUGUCA